AUGGAGAUAUCGCCGACUACGUCAAAUGCUAAGGUUAGUAAUCAUAUACCCGAUGAUCUUGUUAACUCUAUUCUCUACAAACUUCCUAUUAAAUCUUUAAAGCAUUUUGAAUGCGUAUGCAAGUCAUGGUCCCACCUGAUUAUUGACUCUUAUUUCAUGACUGUGUACCGCAAUUAUUUAUUAUCCAAGGAUCAUUCUUUUUAUGAUGAUACAUCUAUCCUCCUGCAUUCGACAAAAAAAGUUAAAUAUGAUUUAUACUCUCUUUCCGGUGAGAGAUUUGAGAAUAAAGUUAAGUUAGAUUGGCCAAAGGUUCCACUUCACCCUUCAGUAAGAGGUGUGAAAAUAAAACAUAGUAUACAUGACAUUUCUAAAGAUAAUGUCCCACCAUCUCGAGUGGGUGACUUUAGUUUUGAAAUAUUGCGUCCAAUUAGUAUUAAUGGCACUCUUUGUCUCGAAUAUCCUGAGAUUCCCGACAUCAAUGACCAUACAAAACUUAUAUUGUGGAACCCGACAACAAAGGAAUUCAAGGUCAUUUAUUUGCAUAAAUCUAAUCAUCUUUCGGAUGUUUGGGCCCAUCAUUAUCAAUUUGGUUAUGAUCAUGUUAAAAAUGACUAUAAGAUGAUUUGA